ACAACACUUGAGUUAAAUCGGUUCGGCUAAAUGUACCAUGUAAAUAAACAAUUGUGAGGUUAUGUUUACGUUUUGUUUUGAAAUAUUUUCAUUCGCCUGAUGGCAGCAUGAAUCCCAUCAGAGAGCCUUUAAAUUCGAUUUUAAAAAAUGAUUCGUAAAGUUGUGGUGGGAAUUUCGGGUGGAGUUGAUUCAGCGGUGGCCGGUUUUAUGCUGAAGCAAAAAGGCUUUGAUGUUCGUGGUGUUUUCCUGAAGAAUUGGGAUUUAGUUGACGAAACGGGCUAUUGCUCAGCUGAACAGGAUUGGGAAGAUGCACAAUAUGUCUGUGAUAAAUUACAAAUACCCAUUCAACGCAUCGAUUUCGUGAAGCAAUACUGGACUGAUGUGUUUGAGAACACUUUAAGGGAAUACCAAAAUGGUCAGACACCAAAUCCGGACGUUUAUUGCAAUAAAUACAUAAAAUUCGGCGCAUUUUAUCGACACAUCAAGGAAAAUUUGGUAGCAGAUGCAAUAGCUACCGGACAUUAUGCCCGCACAUCGUUUGGACAAUUUCUGGAAGAUAUUCAACCAAAUCAAAAUGUAAAAUUGCUACGAGCCGUUGACCCUCGAAAAGACCAAACAUUUUUUCUGUCGCAAAUACCUCAAGAUGCCUUACGUCACACCAUGUUUCCAGUGGGUUCAAUGCUCAAAUCAGAUGUAAAGAGAUUAGCCCACCAAAUUGGACUCGAAUCAAUCGCACAAAAGCGUGAAAGUACGGGUUUGAUUAAGCCUGUAAAUUCAAUCAUAUUUAAGGUGGUCAAAAAGUUAAAAUUAGGCGAGUGUAGCGAUAAUUAAUUCAUUUCCAAUCAGUCCAGCAUUGCUAUAUGGUUGCUGUAUUUUUAUGAAGAUAAAAACCGAACCACCUUAAGUGUAACCUCAUCUUAGAUGCUCAAAGAAAGUCGCUUUCAAAUGAUGUAUUACUCAAAAUGAAUAACUUAAAGGAUUUUGGAAAUGCCAAUAUCUCAAUGUUGACCGAUUUUUGAAUCGUGAAGCUUUUUUCGAUUGUCAGAAACGACGAGAUAAAAAUUUUAUCACAUUUUACAGAUACGUAAAUUUUCAGAAAUGGCCAAAAUUUUGCUUGUGUAGUAUUUUGAGAGCUCUAAACGAUGACAUAUUGGAUUUAUCAUUGGACACAGUGAUACACUUUUUUCGGCUUAUUACACAUUAGGCACAACAAGAAUUACUGUUUUUUACAAGAAAAUGUUAGAACUUAUAAACAAAUUCGGCGGAUUCAUAGAAAGCGAACAAUCAGCACAUAAAGUGUGCAGUCGAUGUUAGCUGAUGAUUGCAACAAAAGGUGUCAAUAGGACUGAUUUUGUCCGUCCUUUUGUGAUUUUUUUUGGAUGGACAAUUUCAUUCUGUCCGUCCAUUUGGGAUUGAAAGACGGACAAUUUUAUUUUGUGUGUCCGUUUAUGGAUUUGGGACGGACGGACGGACAAAGUCUAUGUCCGUUUGACUCCUUUAUGAUAUUUUGUAUAAAACAAUAUCAGAAAUAAAUUCUCCGUCGAAAAAUAAGUGAUAACAGGCUAUUAUUAAUAGCUCAUCAAAUGUUUGAAAAACUUUAUUUUCGGGUGCUUUUCGGACGAAGAAAAUUAAAUUGUCCGUGUUUGAAUCCCAAACGGACAGGACAAAAAUGAAUUGUCCGUCCUUAAUAUCUGUAAGAGAGAUAGAUAAUUGAUAUCUGUAAGAGCUGAAACGAAGCUUCGGAUUGAUUUUGAGCCUAUUCUGACCUACCAAUUUUGAUCUAUCAGCCUCGGACUGAUGACCUGAAAACCCUUGUAAAAUGGCACUUUUGUAUGAAAAGCUUUGAUCAAAGCAAACUGCCAUUUUUUUUAUGAGAAAUCACCCAAAAAGCCAUGUUUUAUGGUUUCAGCAAGGGGGAAAUCACUCAAAAGUAAUACCAAAUAGAAAAGUAAUACCUCAGUUAUUUCUAGUAAUACCUCUGGUACUACUUUUGAUAUUUCUAUGAAAAAAGUAAUACCGAAAAAAAGUAAUAUCCAAGUAAUACCAAGUAAUACUGAUCAAUAGAAGUAAUACACCUGGUAUUACUUUUGAUUUGUACGGAAAGUAAUACCAAGUAAUACCAUUUAUGUAAAAGUAAUACCUAAGAGUGAUUUGCCCCUCGGGUUUCAGUCAAGGCAUACCGAUAUUAUUUUUUUUGCAAAAAUAUUGGGGGUUUGCAAACAAUCAAACAUCUACUUUCCCAUAAGUUUGGUCUAAAAUCGACAUUUCUUGAAAUUUUCCCCAAAAAUGACACUUCUAUAUGGGAAAUCGUCAGAAUUGCUAUUUUUCAAGGUCAAAACUGCUAUUUUUGGCAAAAUAAUCAGGGAUUGUUUGUGCAAGUUUGUGUUUUUACUUUACCGCAAACUUUGUUUGUUAGGUAAAGUAUUGGUUUUACUAGCCAAAAUUUCAUGACAUCUCCUCUUUCGGACCACUAUAACGUCACGCCAAACUUGAAAAAGCACAUAUCUGUACACUAGGCAAUGUAGAUGGGAUCAAAUCCUAUCGAUCAAGACCUAUCCACCCCCAAAAACAUGUUGUUUACUAUGAAAUAUGUGCAAAAUAGCGAUGUGCGUAUGGCGUCGUUCGCGUUCGCGUCCGCGUCCGCGUUCGCGUCCGAGCUUUUUGUUCGCCGAUUAUCUCAAAAAGUUGACAAGAUAAUUGAGAUCUGUAAGAACCAAAAGUUUUGGCAUGUCGAGACAAAGCUUCGGAUUGAUUUAGAGCCCAUUCUGAUUUACCAAUUUCGUACCAUAAGCCUCCGACUGAGGACCUGAAAAACCUUGAAAAAUGACACUUUUAUAUGAAAAAUCACUUAAAAAACCAUUUUGCAGGAUUUUGGUCAAGGUAAACUGACAUUAUUUUGUGAAAAUAAUGGGGGUCUGGGAACAACCGAAUACCUACUUUCCCAAAAAUUUGGCCUGAAAUCGACAUUUCUUGAAAUUUUCCCCGAAAAAUAGACUUUUAUAUGAAAAAUCACUCAGAAAGCCAUUUUUUAGGGUUUCGGUCAAGGCAAACUAAUGUUUUUUUGCAAAAAUAAUGGGAGCCGUCAAACAACCGAACACCUACUUGCCCAUAAAUUUGGUCCAAAAUCGACAUUUCUUGAAAUUUUCCUCGAAAAAUAGACUUUUGUAUGAAAAAUCACUCAGAAAGCCAUUUUUUAGGGUUUUGAUCAAAGCAGACUGAUGUUUUUUUGCAAAAAUAAUGGGAGCCUUCAAACAACCGAACACCUACUUGCCCAUAAAUUUGGUCCGAAAUCAACAUUUCUUGAAAUUUUGUUCGAAAAUGACACUUUUGUAUCGAAAAUGGUCGAAAUAAUUAUAUUUUAAGGUAAAAAAUGCUAUGAAAAAAGGGUCCAUUCAAAUUUUGGUUAAACAUUAAGCGGGAGGUAAACUAAAUUGCUGCGGAGCAGUAAAGUUUGGAUUACGUAUGUAAUUCGUUUUAUUUGCAUAUGCUUUGAUAGUAAAUUGUAAACAAAACGUUGUUCUUCCGAUGUAUAUGAAUUUAAUUGCAACAUCGGCGUUGGAAAUCGUGACGAUUAUCUCUGGGCGAGUGUCGAUGAAUCGAACAAAUUACGAUUUUUCAAGGCUAACGAUAGCUGCCUUAUGCGAUAAUGAAAAUAUACGUCCUGAACGUACUGAAAAUAUUGCUCAAGACGCGCGAGCGCAAAAUUUUUUCCCUCUUCAACAACGUAGCGUGUGUAUUCAACUGUGUUUACUGAGAACUACAUUAAAAAGGGCGCUCAAAAUGAUUGAAUAUAUGUUGCAAUCAGUUGAAUAAACGCUGAAAUCAUAUUGUUUAUAUUUUGAAUUUUAGAAAGGGCGCUUGAAAUACAAGCGACACUUGAAUAUAGUAAAAUCGCACCAAAACUUGAACAUUGAACACCAUUUUCUUCAUUUUUGGCGCCCUUUUGAAUACAUCUCGCGCCUUAUCCAUGUAAUUCUCGAUACAAAUUUGGGUUUGCGCGCUAUAUUUUUGAAUAGUCCCAAGAUUUUGCUUUCACGCGCUUUUCGCAAUAAUGUAAAAUGUUCAUUCAAAGUACGGUUUGGAGUCCAACCGUGUGUAACGUUUCCAUCGGAGUGGUGCACAGGGGAGGAGUAAGACCGGGUUACCCCCUCCCUUAAUUUGUUUCUCGGAAAUUUGUCAAGAAAUUUUUUUUCUAAAUUAUUUCAAAUUAAAAUUAGAAUUAAUUCAUUAUUCCUGAAAAAAUGGAAAUGAUUCAGCUAUUGUUUUUUAUUGUUAACUAAACAUAUAUGUACCAACAAAAAGAGAGGGUUUUUCAUGAAUCCUAUUGGACUCAUUUUCCCUGGAAAAACUUGAAUAUUCAGGUGGUACUUGGCAGUUUCAAUAAAUGAAAAUAUUUAUCUUAUUCUUUGUCAGACUCAUUGAAAAUAUGUAUUUUUUAAAUAAAAACAUAUGUGCAUUACGCCA